AUGGCCAAAACGGAGAACGGCCGCCCGCCGUCGGACAUGGGGAGCAUCAGGACGCUCAACAGCAGCCACAUGGAGGACGAGAGCUCGCUGGGCUCCGACUCGGAGGUCAACGGCUUCACCAGCGAGCGGCAGACCGACCGAUACGGCUUCAUCGGCGGCGCGCAGCAGUACUCGGAGGAGUCAGCUCAGGACGUGCCCCCGGAGGUGCUCAGGCAGCGGGAGGUGAAGUGGCUGGACAUGCUCAGCCACUGGGACAAGUGGAUGAUCAAGCGCUUCAAUAAGGUGAGACUGCGUUGCCAGAAAGGGAUCCCGCCAGCCCUGAGAGGCCGUGCCUGGCUCUACCUAUCGGGAGGGAAGGUGAAGAGGGAACAGAACCAAGGGAAGUUUCAGGAGCUGGACAGUCAGCCAGGAGACCCCAAAUGGCUCGACGUGAUUGAGAAAGAUCUCCAUCGACAGUUUCCUUUUCACGAGAUGUUUGUGUCACGGGGAGGACACGGGCAGCAGGAUCUGUUUCGUGUUCUCAAAGCAUACACUCUGUACAGGCCGGAGGAGGGAUACUGCCAGGCUCAGGCCCCUAUCGCUGCUGUUUUGCUAAUGCACAUGCCUGCUGAGGAUGCUUUCUGGGGCCUGGUCCAAAUCUGUGAGAAGUAUCUUCCUGGUUACUACAGCCCCGGCUUGGAAGCAAUCCAGUUAGACGGCGAGAUCCUGUUUGCUCUGCUGCGGCGCGUCUCCCCGAUAGCCUACAGGCACCUGGAGAAACACAAGAUCGACCCCAUCCUCUACAUGACCGAGUGGUUUAUGUGUGCCUUCUCCAGAACCCUGCCCUGGGCGUCAGUGCUGCGCGUCUGGGACAUGUUUCUCUGCGACGGAGUGAAAAUAAUUUUCCGUGUGGGUUUGGUGCUGCUUAAGUGCACGCUGGGAACUCGUGAGAAGCUGAAGACCUGCCAGGGUCUGUAUGAAACCAUGGAGCUCCUCCGGGCCAUCGAACCUCGCUACAUGCAGGAGGGAUUCCUUGUCAGAGAGAUUCUGGAGGUGCCGGUGACGGCGCGGGACAUCGAGCGAGAGCACCACAGCCAGAUCAAACGCUGGAAGAAAAACCGCGGCGAGCUGAACUUCAAGCCGGCCCCGAGGCUGCACGGCGCUCGCAUCAUCAUGUUGGCCGAGCCGCCCCGGCGCCAGGACCUGAAGCAGAACCCCACCAUCGUGCUCGAGGUGCCCGAGCCUCCCGAGCAGCUCAACAAGGGCAAAGAGGAGAGGAAGAGCAAGAAGAAAAAGAGCAUAAAGAAACCCUCCACCAUCAAGGAGGUCCCCAACCCGUACCCUCUCCCGCCAGAACCGUCUCCUCCCGCCUCAGAUCCGCCAGCCGCGCCAGCAGCACCUGCUCCACCUUCUCCACCCCCGGACUGCAGCGUGACGCCGGAGACCUUACCGGAUACAGAAACGGACUCAAACCACCAGCAGAGUGCGCCUCCUACAGACCUUCCCGCUGCCAAAGAAUCUGCUCUCCAGCAGUCCACACAAAGCCUUAGCAGCUCAGAGCAGGAUACAUACCUGUAGCUGUAUACCAGUGUGUGUGUUUUUUGUAUGUGUGUGUGUGUAUGUAUGUAUGUGUGUGUGAAAAGCACCAGCACCCUACAGUCAAAAGCCAGCCUCGCUGAUGUCUCCAAUCGUCCAGCGCCUUUGUUAUCCUUGCGCUGGACCUUUUUGUUCGUAUACAUUUUAAACACAGGUUUGCCCAUAAUCUUAUCCACAUACUCUGGAAAAACCUUAAUGCAGCGUCUACAGCUAUGCAACCCCUUCCUAUUAGUCGGCCACUCCGAGCCGCAGCUGCCACGUCACAGGCUUAGCGCUCUGUUCCUCACUGCAAGUCUUACGUUUCUGUUCAAAGUUGUCAAGUUACAAAGUGUUGUCUUUUAGAUUAUACGUGGAUUAAUGUGGAGGUUAAAAAAACAAAAAACAAGAUGGUGCCAACAGUUUUCACUGAAGCCUAACACUAGUAAUUCAACAGGUCAUCCCUAUGGUGGAGCAAAAACCCCCACUGGUUUUAUUUUUGCCAAACAUUUCUGGUUUGGUCCACCAGAGGGCAGCCUCACACAGCCUUGGACUGGUCCACAUUGCUAAAAUGUCUAACAUCAACCACAAUAACGAGUCACUAAAUGUACUCUCUUCUUAUAUUUGCCUACCACAGACACUUUUUUCUAUCUGGGUCGAACUCUUCUGCAGGUAUUCCUUCAUCUAAUCUUCUUCCUGCAGCUGCUUCGCACCAGCAGGUUUUCCCCGUUGUUGGACAGGAGACCACUGGACAUUCCUCUCCGUUGGACACAUUCCUGCCUUCUUAAAUGCUGCUCACUUUUAGAAGCUGUCUCUUGCAGAUAUGCAGAUGUGUGCAACGUGUGCAGGCGCUUCCCGCCAGAACACGAGCAGCGAAUGGCUGCAGAUCACCUGUUGGUGCCGACCUUUCCUCUCUGAGUUACUUGAGAAACCGUAAGAUGUUGGGUCAACUUUUUCUUUCUUUCUUUCUUUUUUUUUUUUUUUACUGCUAGAUCUUCCAAAGACAAACGAGACUGUUCUAAGACCGUCCGCGCUAUCGUUACAGCCUUUUGCCGUCUGCGCGGUCAAUCUGGGCUAUGGGAAUUUCCACGUGGAAGAUGUGUAGCAUUUUCUUUUCUGGUUGCUUAUAUGGAGACUUUCAAAACCCAACAGUCCAUGUCAGUCCAGCUGUAGUUACUUUCACUAAAUGUAGGCGCACACUUGUGUAUGAGAGAGUAUAAAAACAUCGAAUAAUAUAUGUACAUAUAAAUAUGCUUAAAACAAAACACAACCAAGAAAGCAGUGAGGGUUAGGAGGGUUUGUAUGCAAUAUCUUUUUCUCACAUUUAUCACAUGCUCUUUUUGUUUAAAUGCUUUUUGUGUACAUAUGAAUUGUAAAAAAAAAAAAAAAAAAAAAUUCCAAAUUAAUGCUAAGUUUUUACUGAGCGGUUCAAGAAACUGCGGUGCACAAGUCUCUAAAUCAGAGCAGGCCAAUUUGUAACACUAGAAAAAAAGAGCAAAUGGUUUAAAUGUGGAGUUUGCAAAAAAAUUGCCACUUUUUUACUUUAAAAACAGGUUGGAUUUUUUUUUUUAACUUACACUAGGUUUAUACGGGAGAUGCUGGAUGAGGCACAGGGCUUCAGUUUUUUUUUGGGGGGGGGGGGUGUAUUUGGUUGUUUUCGCUUGGAAACAUUUGUUUUGCACAUCUGCUUGUGGUGCAGUGUGCCCUGUUCACCAGCAGAUGGCAGGCAGGAGUCACUGCUUUACUCCACUGUGGGUUAGUUAAGUGGACAUUAUAGAUACCGUUGCACCAUUUAUGUCUAGACUAAUGGAUCAAGUUAACUGCAUAUUUCCAUUACGUUUGUUAGCAUGAUACAGCCGAGGUUGACGUUACAGCUCUCAUUUUGAAUAAAGUCUAUAAGCCUGUGUAAAACAUGAAUGCGGUUUUGUUUACCGUUUAGUUCAGGGCUGAUAUGUACCCGGGACAGAACUCAAAGCUCUUAACCUCUUUGUUUCUGAAUUAAAAAGAAAAUCUUGAUCAUCA